UUAAUUUAUUAAAACAAACCAAUGGUUUGGAUGGGUACUACACCACUACUACUAUUAAGGAGUAGUGGGUUUGAAUUGACGGAAUAUUAUUGGAGGGUGGUUCAUUUACAAUUUCUUAAUAAAGGGUGGUUAUUGACUAAAAUAAUUUACCUUACUUGUGAAUAUUAUUGUGAAGUUUAUUUUCAGACAUCAAAUUACUUGGUAAGGGUAAAGUUUAAUAUGAGAAAAUUAGAAAAAUAAACAUUUUGAAUAACCCGAAUCUAUCAAUCAUAAUCAAACACAAAUACGAUCCGUUUAUCCGAGUCCAAGAGCAUCAUCAGUAUCAACUCUACUCAAAAAGAAGUUCAAAAGCAAUAGGGAAAAAAAUCACAAGCACAAAAGGUAGGUAGAUAGAACCUGCCUAUAGAUAGUAAGCAGAGGAGCAUUCUGUUAAACAGCAUUUAUAUAACCAAAAGACUAAAUGAAAAUUGCAGUUAUUUGGUUUUUUUUUUUUUUUUUUUUUUUUUAAUAGAUGGUUUCUUGUCUUUUCUUAGUUAAUUAUGCGGGAAAGAAAAUUUAGAUUCCUGAAAGACUAAUGGUAGAGAGCGAAAAGAACAUGAUUCAACUGAAGGUAACAAAGGUAUGAACAAAACCUUUAAAAAUUAAAGCUCAUUUCAAUUAGAAAGGGUGCUAAUAAUAGAUAUAUAGGUAUUUUUAUGCCUAGAAAAACAGUAUAUAAAGACAUAACCAAGCAGGGACAAAGAGUAAAAAUAUUUCAAACAUAUACCAAAUAAAAAAAAGAAAAAUGGCACCCACAGCAAAACUUCCAUUGUUCUUCAUUCUAUUUCAAUGGUGCACCGUAGCGAUUAAGGGACAUACGGCCGCUAGUGGUGGUGUUGUAUUUGACAUAUGGAAUCAUGGAGCAAAGACUGACGGCGAUGCCACACAGGCCUUAAUGAGUGCUUGGAAAGCAGCUUGUGCAGCGACAACUCCUACCACAGUGUUGGUUCCGAAAGGAUCAUAUGUGCUAAACGCAAUCAAGCUUCAAGGUCCAUGCAAGUCUAGAGUCACAUUAGAAAUUUUAGGGAACUUCAGGGCUCCUGCUGACCCGGCUCUAUUUAAGGGUGAAGAUACAUGGGUUAAGGUUCAAAAUGUUGAUGGUUUGACUAUCACAGCUCCUAAAGGAGCAGGCGUGUUCGAUGGUCAAGGAUAUAUGGCUUGGACAAUGAAUGACUGCUCUAAAACUGGCAAAUGCAAUAGCCUUCCUUAUAACUUUAGGUUCAAUUCUUUGACGAAUUCAGUGAUUCAUGGCAUAACUUCUCUGGAUAGCAAACUAUUCCACAUGGCAAUCUUGAGAUGCAAGCAACUAAUAAUGCAUGACAUUACUAUUUCUGCCCCAAAAACUAGUUUAAACACUGAUGGAAUUCACGUAGGACGUUCUGAUGGAGUGAAUAUAACGCUUGCACAAAUUGGAACAGGAGAUGACUGUGUUUCAAUUGGGGACGGUGCUAAAAAUGUUCAUAUUGAGCAGGUCACUUGUGGACCUGGCCAUGGUAUUAGUGUAGGAAGUCUAGGUAGGUACCCUAAUGAGGAACCGGUGCAAGAUAUCACCGUGAAGGGAUGCACAAUCAAGAACACAGAUAACGGUGUUAGGGUUAAAACAUGGCACAACUCUUACCAAGGUGUGGUCACUGGCUUGCAUUUUGAGGACAUCACUGUUGAAAACGUCUUGAAUCCUAUUAUUGUUGAUCAAGAAUAUUGCCCCUAUAAUCACUGCGUACAAAAGACACCAUCCAAAGUGAAGCUUAGUGAUAUUAGAUUCAAGAAUGUGAGGGGCACAUCAGGUAGCAAGGAAGCAGUGAAGGUGGUUUGCAGCAGCGGCGUGCCUUGUGAGAAGAUACAGCUCACUGACAUUGACCUGACAUACACAGGCGAAGACGGUCCUGCAGUCUCUAUGUGUAAAAAUGUCAGGCCUGUUAUAACAGGAAAGCAGAUCCCACCUGCUUGCUCUGCACCUGUUACCCCUAGUAAAGAUCUAUAAAACUAAGUUUUAAGCUUUGCAAAAUUUUCCCCUGUUUUUUAGCUAGUAUGUUGAGUUAUCAAUUGUAAUCUCACAAUGCUCUGAUACACAAAUUCAAUGGAGAUACAUAUGCUUUUAGAGGUACAUGUGUUAUUAUUCAUAUAACAAUUACCACAAGUACAAAACUUGUGGCUGUUUUGCAAUGAAAAUUCCUUUUAGUACCUCCACUAUCAUUCUUGAAUAUAUCCUUGACAAUGCAAAGAAUUGCUAGAGCUAGGUUGGGACUCCACCAAACACAUACAAAUAUAAUCCCAGAUUUUGGUGUAAUAGACUAAUAGUAGUAGUACACUAUAAUGACAUACAAAUACUGAGUGUUAGGGCAAUUUUCCUAAAAUGGAAUUGGAUACAA